AUGAAUGUGGAGGUCAGUGAUCCAAUAGACUUCAAUUCUGGAGAUCAUCAACAUCUGGUUCGGAACACAGCAGAUAGAGCCAGCCAUGCUAAUUCUGGUCAACCCUACACGUCUCCUGAAGUCAGACCACAACAAGCUAAAGGGAAUCCACGUCCAAAGACUAAUGAGCGACCAAAUACCUAUAUAGUUCAAAUUUCAGAAGACGUUACCCCAGAUGACAGCAACGUGAAUUCAUCUUCUCCAUUCUCAGACAUAAAUGUCCGCAGAGGGUUCAUCAUAAAGGUGUUUGUCAUCCUGUCCGUUCAGCUGCUUGUUACCGCUGCAAUCAUCAGCAUGUUCGUUUUCUGGAAAGCUUUGAAAGUAUGGGUCAUUGCAAACCCCUGGUUCACCUAUGCACUCUUCCCUGCAUUUUUUGCUGUACUUAUUGUACUUGCUUGCUGUGGCAAUCUCCGCCGUCAGGUGCCUGCAAAUUACAUUCUCUUGGGAUUCUUCACACUCCUUCAAGGUCUACUGCUAGGAACCGUAUCAGUUUUCUAUCAUGCAGAGGAAAUAUUAUGGGCAACAGCAGCAACCACUAUCGUGACAUUAGCGCUCACUUUAUUUGCUCUACAAACAAAAUGGGAUUUUACCUUGCUAAGUGGAGCCCUGUUUGUUUUCCUCUUCGUCCUUAUGAUCUACGGAAUUGUCUUAGUCUUUGUCCGAUCCUAUUGGAUGCACGUAUUCUACGCUGGGCUCGGGACAGUGCUUUUCUCCCUGUACCUGGUGAUGGACGUGCAGCUGAUGGUGGGGGGCUACCACCAUCAUUCCAACCUGGACCCUGAAGAGUAUGUUUUUGCUGCUCUUAACAUCUACCUGGACAUCAUCAACCUUUUCCUUUUUAUUUUGCAACUGAUUGGACUGGGACGGUAG